UCAGACCCUUCUACUCUUCUCCCCUGACACUUACACUAACGCUUUGAAACCGUAACACUCAGACUCUGUUGCUCAUCCCCAACUCAGAUAGAGCUCAUCGUCGGCGCUUUCACUCUCUCCUCUGCCGGUGCUCCCUCUGUCGUCUCCCCUAACCCGUCUCUGCUGGCGCUCGCAUUCCCUGCACUCACUGCUCAUGGUGUCGGUCAGCCAACGGAGGUCGCCAUUCCUUCCUCCACGCCGCCAUUCUCUGCCCUCCUCCCUCAUCAUCUUGCUCAAUCUUCCACCACCUUUGAAGUCCUCACUGCAUGCAUAUGGCGUUGUCAUACAGCUGCAUUGCAAUGACAAAACCCUAACACCAAGAAGUUCGCUUGCUUUGCACAGUCAAUGCAAAUUUUGACUGUGCUGUCGCCGCCACUAGAAGAGCACUCAAUCGCAACAAAGGCAACGACUGGCCUUCUGCUUCCGGCGCUCACCGAGCACGCUAUCUCCACGCCAUCGCUGCUAAGGUCAUCGAGAGAAAGGAUCACCUCGCUAAGCUUGAAUCCCUUGAUUGCGGAAAACCACUUGAUGAAGCUGCCUGGGACAUGGAUGAUGUUGCUGGUUGCUUCGAGUUUUACGCUGACCUUGCCGAGAAACUCGACGGUAAGCAGAAGGCACCCGUUUCUCUUCCCAUGGAAACUUUCAAGAGUUAUGUCCUCAAAGAACCCAUUGGUGUUGUUGGAUUAAUCACCCCAUGGAAUUAUCCUCUGUUAAUGGCUACAUGGAAGGUUGCCCCUGCUCUGGCAGCUGGUUGUGCUACGAUAUUGAAGCCUUUCGAAUUGGCAUCUGUGACAUGUUUGGAGUUGGCUGACAUAUGCAAAGAAGUGGGCCUUCCUCCGGGUUCUGAGAUGAAGCACAUUGGAAUUGAUACUGAAGCACUCAAAGAGCACUUUGGAAAGAAAGUUAUGGAGCUUGAGGAGGAAAAAAGAAUAAUGCAGCAAGAGAGUGACCCUUUGUUGCAUGAGGUAAAGAAUCUUUCAGUUAAUAUUGAUGGACUAGCACAGAAAUCUCAAGAUGUUCGUGGCCAAAAAAUGAAAGCACUGGAAGCACAGGUCCAAUUGCAGCAUAAGAUGAAGCAAGAGGCAGAACAAUUUCGACAAUGGAAGGCUUCUCGAGAAAAGGAGUUACUUCAGGCAGCUGUUGCACGUAGCUUUUGCAAAGCGAUCUAUAUUUAUGACCAGGACAUACAUGUUCGUACCUUAUGACCGCUUUGGCAUCAUACCUCAUUAAACUUCAUGCGAAGUGUAGUUAAUGGAAACCAGAGUCCUGUAAUAGUUGUUACCGAAGGAUGCCAGGUGAAUUUCCUUGUUGGAGGAGGACUUCUGGUAAAAGAGUUCACAAAUGUUACAGAUACAAUUAUGUAUGAUCUAAGAGAAGAAAGUUUAAGAGGGCUAGAGGAAGGAGAAACAACAAAGGACUUCGAAUUUAAGUUGUAUUUUUUUGUAUGUUUCUUUGGAUUUUAUUUUUGGAAUUUGAACUCGACAUUUAUUUUGUAUUUGAGUAUUAGUCUUUUAAUGUAUAAAAUAAUUAUAGCAAAAAUUAUAUAU